UUGAACUUUAUCAUCAGUGUGACUGGGGGAGUUCCAGAGCACGAGGAAGCGCUCCGAUAGAUCAAAAAAGGAAAACCGUCCCUGCUCGGCUCGAAGUAUUUUUUGGGAUUAUUGGUUGUAGUAAUAUUUUAUCAUACACGGUGUCUUCUUCAUGCAAAUAGAGGAAGCCAGUCAGCUAGCGAGCUGGCUAUCUAAACUAUCCGAAGGGGAAGUGGCAGCAGUCAUCGUUUCAGAGUUUCACCAUCUGGCUCAACGGCUAGCCUAGCCUUCGCCUAACACACCCACUGUCUGCCUGUUUGUCGUUCACACUGGUUUCAAAAACCUGGACUUCAACCAGCUCCGGUUUUUAACUCAACUUAAAAGCAUGGUUUGGCUAAAAAGAGCAUUUGGCUGUUGUUAGCCAGCUAGCGAGGCGAAUGGUCUAUACAGCUCCCACACUGACUUGCUAGCCAGCCGAAACUAGAGUCGGCCUGACAAUACAGCGGCGUGGACUGGAUCAUUCGUGCUGUUGUCACUCAUUAACAACAGACUGCUGCUCUAACGGGUUACUUCUAAGCAGUUGCUUCACUGGCUUUGGGAGAAAUAAGAAGCAUUCAGUUACGCCUUUCUGUGACUGGCGCAUCUCCGGAGAGCAGAUCUCUCUCAGCAUGCAGGACAAAAGACUGGAGAUGAGCAGAUUGGAGUUUUAAUCACCUUUGGCUGUUUGGAACUGUCUUAAGUGACUGUCCAUUUGGGGGAAGGCAGGAACACGGAGGCAAGAAUGAAGAAGUUUUCGCGUAUGCCAAAGUCAGAGAGCGGAAGUCUCGGGGGUGGGUCUGCAUCUGGCACUGGAAGCAGCAACUACAUUGGAAAGGUGUUUGCUGUCGGUCGAUACCAAGUCACGGUGGAAGAGCUGAUCGCUGAAGGAGGUUUCUCCAUGGUGUUUUUGGCCCGCACACACAGUGGAGUAAGAUGUGCCCUGAAAAGGAUGUAUGUGAACAAUAUCCAUGAUCUAAACAUCUUCAAGCGGGAGAUCACAAUCAUGAAAGAGUUGUCAGGCCACAAGAACAUAGUGCGCUAUCAGGACUCAGCCACCAACGCAGUGGGAGACAGUGUAUGGGAGGUUCUGAUUCUUAUGGAGUAUUGCAAAGCUGGUCAGGUGGUGAAGCAGAUGAACCAGCGGCUGCACAUAGGAUUCACUGAGGCAGAGGUGCUCGGCAUGUUCUGUGACACCUGUGAAGCUGUUGCCAGACUCCACCAGUGCAAAACUCCAAUCAUCCACAGAGACCUGAAGGUAGAAAACAUCCUCCUAAAUGACCAGGGAAACUAUGUCUUGUGUGACUUUGGAAGCGCCACCCAUAAAGUGCUGCUUCCACAUAAAGAUGGAAUAACUGCCGUGGAGGAUGAGAUCAAGAAAUACACGACUCUGUCAUAUCGUGCCCCAGAGAUGAUUAACUUGUACCAAGGGAAAGCCAUCACCACAAAGGCUGAUAUUUGGGCACUUGGAUGCUUGUUGUACAAGCUGUGUUUCUUCACACUUCCAUUUGGGGAGAGUCAAGUCGCCAUAUGCGAUGGAAUCUUCACUGUUCCGGACGGUUCAAAAUUCUCUUCGAAAUUGCACUGUUUAAUCAGAUACAUGUUGGAGCCUGACCAAGAUAAGAGACCUGACAUCUAUCAAGUCGCUUACUUUGCCUUUCAGUUAGCUGGAAAAGAGUGUCCAGUGCCAAAUCUCUUUAACUCUCACCUUCCCAGCUCCUUGCCAGAGCCCUUUACUGCUAGUGAUAUUGCUGCUAAGAAGAGCCUGAUGAAAGCCAGAAUAACAGAUUCAGUUGGACCAACAGAAACAUCAAUUGCACCCAGGCAAAGACCAAAAGCUGCAAAUAGUACUGUUUUGCCUUUGUCCAGCUCUGCAACUCCUGUGAAAAUGACUGUACCCUCAGGUACGGUCAGUAAUGGCCAGAAAGAUCCUGGAAAUGGGCAGCAGUCAACUGCACAGAUGCUGAGCAGCAGUCAACAGAACAGAGUAUUACAGCAGCUGCAGCCUGGAGACCUCAGACUACAACAGUUACAUCAUCAACAACAGCAGCAGCAGCAGCACAAUAUGCACCACCAUCAACAGCAAGUCACUGCACAGCAGCUACAGUACAUGCAACAGUAUCAUCAGGCCAUGCAACAGAGUCUUCAGAUGCAGCAGCAGCAUAUGCUUCAGCAGCAGAUGAUGAUGCAGCAGCAGCAGCCCAUAUAUCAAGCCCAGCAACAACAGCAGGCUCACUACACUGCCCUGAUGCAUCAGUACCAGCAGGCCUUUGCCCAGCAGCAACAGCAGUGUGCUUCAGUACAACAGGUGCCCUAUAUCUCCCCUCUGGAGUUCCAGGCCCCAGUGGGCUCCUAUAACCCUGCCGGAACUUCCCCAGUAGAGACCCCCUUUGCUAAUAUCAGUAGAAACCCAGUGUCCACUGUUGAUGUCAUGAGCCCUCCUCUCCAGACUGUCAGUAACCCUCCUGAUAUGUCUGGCUGGAACCCAUUUGGAGAGGACAGUUUCUCCAAACUCACUGAGGAGGAGCUGCUUGAUCGAGAGUUUGACCUUCUCAGAGCAAAAAAGCCAGUAGAGAGAUCUGUCAGCAUGGUGGCCAGCAGCACAGACAGACAGCAGCCGGUACUGCAGCCCUCACACCCCGAGGAUCCUUUUGGCUCUGUGCCCUUCCUGGCCAACGCAGCAGGAGCUGGUGUGCACACAGCGGAGCAUCCAACUGAGAAUCCCAGUGUUGCUGUGGCUGCACUAACAGCCAUGCCAGAUGCAACCCUGCCAUCUGUCAAGGAACACAAACCUGCAAAAAAAAGUAGCUCCACUAGUUUGCUGCUUCAGAAAGCAGGGGAGGAAUCGGAUAGUGAUUUUGAGUCCGACCCACCCUCUCCUAAAAGCAGUGAAGACGAGGAGGUAGAAGAGGAGGAAGGUCUUAACAGUGAACAUGAAGACACUGAGCCUGAGAACCUGGGUCAGAGGCCAUUACUCAUGGACUCUGAAGAAGAUGUAGAGGAAGAGGAGGACAAACCUAGCUCAGACUCAGACUGUGAUCUAAGGAAAACAAAACUUCAGAUGUCAGAUGACAAGGCUGCAGUUUAUUUUAUGGGAAUUGUGAAAUCCGAAUCUAGAGCCAGUAUGAUUACUCCUUCCGAUUCGCCGAGUCUCACCGUACCUGCUGCAAGCAUUGUGGAUGUAUUUGGUGCUAUUCCUUUUGUUGGCAGCGGUCAGCCCAGAGUGUCACCAGAGAGCAUAGAUAUUUUUUCCAAAGCCCCUUUUAGGCAGGCAAGCCAGGACAAUGCUGUGGAAGAGACUGAUGUAUUUACCAAAGCUCCUUUUAACAGAAACCUCUCCAGGUCCAGCAGGAGUGGCGAUGGUCCCAGCAGCCAGACGCCACCCGUUUCCCCUGACAGUGUGGAUGUAUUUGGCUUCUCACCUUUCCAGCCCAGCCACGAAAUACCCACCUCUAGAAACCAGGAGGAUAUUUUUGGCCAAGCACUUUUUGAGGAAGCACCAAGCCCCCAGCAACAGAGGCAGAAACAGCGCAGCCUUCAAAGACUCUCUUCACGGCAAAGGCGCACCAAGCAAGAGGCCAGUGGCAACAAUGGGAAGCGGCACCAUGGCACACCCACUGGUGGCAGGAAGAGCAACAAGCCCAGUUUCCGUACCCCUGAACGGGUGCGAAGGCACAAGAAGGUUGGCAGAAGGGACUCGCAGAGCAGCAACGAGUUCCUCAGUACCUCUGACUCCAAAGAGAACAUCAGUAUUUUGCUGGGUGAGGUGAGGGAAAAAGGGGCUGCACUGCCCACUGAGGAGGCCUUGUUGGAUCCAUUUGGUGCCAAGCCAUUUCAUCCACAAGAUGGCAGUCGAUACAGUCAGCAGCAGAGCUUGGGAGACAACAAAAGUGGGACCAGCUCCCUACAUGUAUUUGAUGGAAAUAAAAUAGAUGACUUUGGAGCUGUACCUUUCACAGAACUGGUGAUACAAAGUGGAGCUCAGCAAACCCCACAGAUGGAUGUUGACCCUUUCGGAGCUGCACCUUUCCCCUCAAAGCAGUAAAUGUCUUGUCUUCCAGCACACUUGCAGAGAUAGUCUGCAAGGAUGCAGCUAUAUUUAUGCAAAGUCCAAGCAGCCUUCUGAAGUUUACUGAAUCGGUGGCAGCUUCUCUGUUUAUGUGCAGUCAUUAGCCUUUCAAUUAGAUAACAUACAACUUUUGUAGAUUUUGAAGUAUUUUAAUACUUAACUGGACAGCUAUAACACCUUUUUCAUUUUGGUAACUUAAACCUGUGGUGUAUAUGGAUGUUUUUGAAUAGGCUUUUGAAGCAUAUUCCUUGGCCUUUACUCGCAAGUAAGCCUUCUAUGCUGCAUCUCAAUAUGCGCUUAGUCAAAAGAAAUGCUGACUGUGUAUAAUCCUUCAUUUGAAUAGAAUGAGGAGGAAAACAUUACCAAUUUAAUACGUUUGUACUCCAUCACUGACCUGUAAGCUAAACUCCGAAUGUAGGUAAUUCCUGCAUGAUCCACCAUUAAACACCACGAAGCCUUAUAUGGGUAUGCCCCACCCUGCUUUACAGUACCUUUUAUACACAGUGGCUGUUGUAGCCCAUUUGUGUCAAUGGAAUCAUCUGUGUAGGCCUUCUCCAUUUUAAUGUCAUUCACACAGACCAUUUUUAUGCAGAUUUUUAUGCAUUUAAUGUUUUAAAUCCUUAUGUUGUGACAAUGUUCUUUCAACAUACAUGCAUGGAAAGGGAGUUAAAAAAACAAUAUGGCCAUACCAGUUAACUUGCCAUUCAUCUUACAAUGUUGUUGAAUAUGAUGAAAACAAUAGACUUAUAAUUAACAUUUUAUUAACUAUGCUCACAAGUUAUUCCCCAAGCUGACCUUUAAACUCUGAUGAUGUCUACAUCAAUAAUGCAGAUAUGUUUCAUAGUCUGUACAUACCAUCAACCUACAAUCAUGAACCUGUAUAUGCCUCGUAGAAAGGGAAAAUUAAAGAAUGUUCUCAGUGCAAUUUUAUAUUUAUAUACCAAUUGUUUGUUUGAAGCAAGUUUUAAAAAACAAAGGGCACCAAGUGUAUCACACAUAAAGGGUGUAAGAUGAACUGGAAAUCAGAUGAAAGGGCCAUUUGGAAAGUUACUUCUGAAUAACUAAGUGCAGUUGAAACAUUCAAGACUGUUUCAAGACUAUAUAUAUACACACACACACACACACACACACACACACACAGUACUGUGCAAAGGUUUUAGGCACUUGUGAAAAAUGUUGCAUAGUGAGGAUAUCUUAUAAUGGCAUAAAUAGUUUUCAUUUAUCAAUUAACAUCAUACAAAGUCCAGUAAACAUAAAAAAGCUAAAUCAAUAUUUGGUGUGGCCACCUUUGCCUUCAAAACAGCACCAAUUCUCCUAGGUACACCUGGACACAAUUUUUCUUGGUUGUUAGCAGAUAGGAUGUACCAAGCUUCUUGGAGAAUUCACCACAUUUUUAGGCUGCCUCAAUUGCUUCUGUCUCUUCAUGUAAUCCCAGACUGCUUCGAUGUUCAGUGGGGGCUCUGUGGGGCCAUGCCAUCUCUUGCAGAGCGCCCUGUUCUUCUAUUGUAAUCAUCUCUAUUUGCAAAAGUAAUGUUUGGGAGUCUAAAAUAUAUUUUUCCUAUUGAAACACUAAAGCUGAAGAUAUAAAUAACCAUCUUAAGACAAAUGUUUUUGUGAAACAUCUUAAGUGCCUAAAACUUUUGCACAGUACUGUAUAUAUAUAUAUAUAUAUAUAUAUAUAUAUAUAUAUUUGUUUUUUACAAAAAAAUAUUUUUUUUUUUAAACUCUGCAAGACUUUUUUUUUCUCAUUUCUUUAAUAUAUCUUACUUCACUCUAAUAAUGCAAUAAAAGGUUG